UAGCACAGACGUUGUUUAAAGGAGAAAUAUUGCAGCCUUUUUUACAAUAUGUAAUAUAACUUUCUGGUGUCCCCAGAAUGUGUCUGUGAAGUUUCAGCUCAAAAUGCCCCACAUACCAUUCAUUAUAUAAUUUCGAGUGGAAGCAAAAAAAGGCUAAUUUUCGUGCUUGUCAUUUUAAGUGCAAAUGAGCUGCUACUCCUCUUUUCCAGAGUAAGUCUGCCCAUUACAGCUGGUACCUGCUAAAAACAUCUGUUUAGAUUCUGAUUGUCACGUUUAUCGAGCUGAAAUCAUGCGUUGUAUACCAUAUUAGUUUACACAUCUUAUGUACGGUUUUCUGAGUGCACACAUCUGAAGCACAUGGACAGAAGGUUUUAACUAUUUUAACUAUGUCUGCGAAUGUAAACAGCUGGGAAAUAAGUCACACAUUUAUUAGAUCUGUGUGGUAGCAGCAAUAUAAGUUACAGUAAAAAAAAUCAAUAAAUCCACAGCUCUUUUGUCUCCUCUGAGGCUGUGUUAGCAUGUCUUGCUGAAACGUUCGGGAAUGGCAUUUGAACUUGUACACUUGUUUUUUGCUUGCGAAAUCAAAAUGAUGGCUGCUCAGGUAGAGAUUUACAGAUUAAGGAGUGGUGAUAUUAUAAUGAGAUCCCUUUGCAAGGGGAGUGAGAUCAGGCACUCACGUUUUUUUCUGAGGCUUUUAAAAAAAAGGCUUACUAAAACAAUGCUAAUGGCUUAACCUUUUUCAGUUGGUAGAUACACUGGGCACUUAAAACCUGAAAACUCACCUUUAAUAAAAUGUGAUUAAUUCCAUAAAUAAUAAUUGAUUACUGCAGGUUUGUAUAAUAUUCUGAGACUGACUGUUGUUAUUCUUUUUGAAGAAUACUGAUCCUGCAGGUGAGAUGAGUAAAUACAUGUUGGCAUUUAUUUGAGAAAAUUCUGUAGUGUUAAUAUAACUCAUACACUGUCAGAAAUGAACACUGCAUUAUAUACAUGCAACAGCCUAUCACUACUGUCCCUUAUGAAAAUGAACCAUAUGGUUUUACUAAAAUGACCAUAGCUUAACUGUAGUAUUUGUAUAUUUCUAUGGUUACAUGUUGGAAAUUGUGUUCCAAAUAUAAAAGUAGAAAAAUGUGAUAACUUCGGUUUAGCCUGACGAUACCAGCCGGUAUCAUAUCGAAAACUAAAUAAGUGGUAUCACUAAUCAAAACGAUAUGUUUACCGGUUUCAGUGUUCCUCCUGUACUAAGAGUGGCGCUGUUGUACACAGACCGCAUGGGCGUCACAACCACAACAAGAGAACCAGAAGAUCUAGUACUGAAGAUGUGACCGCUGUCACUGCAGAGGCACGUUACUUCCAUGCAAUGCAAACAGUUAUCCAACAGCCCCACCCACAGACCCGUAGGUUGUACAAACAUGUUGCGUUUAGUCACGACAACCCUGUGUCUCAACUGCCAGCGGGCUCAAGCAACACCUUUUCUUCUCACGAGGCCCCGCUCUGCGAUCGUUCAAGAAGAGAACCCGCUUGCUGUAAACGCCCUCUAUGACUUAUCUGUAGACAUCAGUAAAGUCCGAAAGCUAAGGGGUUGGGUGUUACGCCAGAGUCCCGUGUACGUGAAUGAGACCGCCGCCCUGCUACGGGAAAUGGGGGCCAGCGGGCCAGUUAUCGCCCGUGUUUUGGAACUCCAUCCCGAGGCCAUCCUCUGCACACCUGAUCAAAUGGAGGCGCAGAAAAAGCUGUGGAUGUCGGUGUGCGCAAGUCAGAAGGAUCUAGUAGGAAUCAUAGAAAAAUUCCCCACCUCCUUUUUCACCUCGUCCUCCGAUCACGACAAUCAGAAAGCCAACAUCGCUUAUUUCCAAACGUUACAUCUCAACAAACGCAUCAUUAGCAAGCUCAUGGCCAGCGCUCCUCAGAGCUUCAGCCGCCCCAUGGAGCAAAACGAGGAGAUGAUUCAGACCCUGCAGAAGACCUAUUUGGACUUGGGCGGGAAGCAGAACAAUAUGAAGAUCUGGUUGCAGAAGCUGCUUACACAGAAUCCAUACGUGCUUCUAAAGCUCCCGAAGGCCUUACACGAUAACUUGGCGUUCCUACGCAACGUGGGCUUUACCGGCGAUGAACUCUUGAUGCUGCUCUCCAAACUGAAAGGAUUUGUUACUGAGCUGAAUCCUGGAAGUAUGAGUCUCACCCUAAGCUACUCCCGGGAGACCCUGGGAUGCACAGAAGCAGAGCUCAGGCGGAUCGUACUUCAUUGUCCAGCCUUGUUAUAUUAUUCUGUGCCUAUACUAGCUGAUCGCUUCAAAGGCCUCCUUGCUGCUGGAGUCAGUAUGGAGCAGAUCAUGGAGAGUCCCGCAGUGUUAGAACUGACGACGCAGAUAGUUCAGUAUCGCAUUCAGAAACUGCGCUCCUUCGGUUAUGAUGUGCGUUCGGGUAGCCUAGAAGUCCUCAGCGGCACAAAGAAAGACUUUGAGAUGAGCUACGGGAAGUUGCGUCUUAGACAAGAGAGGCCACUUUUUAAUCCAGUAGCUCCGCUUCGAACGGAAGAUUAAGCAUGGAAGCCUGUUUCCAACAUGGAAGUGAAAAAUAAACUUUUAAAUGUCAAUUCUGACUUAUUUCUUAAAAUUGUGAGUUUACAUCUGGCAAUUUAAAGUUAACAUCUCACAAUUCUUUUUUUUCUUGGAAUUGCACAUUUUUACCACAGUUAUUAUUUCUUGCAAUUUUGAGUUUCCCACAAUUCCGAGAAAAUCUCACAAUUUUGAGUUAAGGGGGUCAUAAUGUUAUCAAGAUUUUUCCAGCAAAAAACUGAAUUUAAAAGCAAUAAGGCCUGUUCACACCAAGAAUAAUAACACAAUAACUAUAGAGAUAACUGUAAAGGUAAUGAUAUUAGAGUCCACCCCAGCGGACGAUAUUGCCUGUUUAUUCUAAGCACAUGCUCGAUUGAUUCUCGAUGGAUUCUGAUCGGUUGUCAAUGUUUGUAUGGAGGUGAUUCCAAUGAUAUUGUUUCUCUGUGCCUUCAUCGUUAUAGUUGUGGUGUGGGCUCUGCUAUGCUUUAAUACUGAGAAAGAUUUUUAGAACUAUAUCUUUAUCUUUAUAGUAAUCGUACUUGGUGUAUAGCCUAAUAGGCUUUAUUCUGUCCUGUUUUUGACCCCCUCUUCAGGACGCUCUGUUUGAAUAGGUGUGGCUCAUUGACUCAAAGUCUAACAUCUUGUUUUAGUUAAAAUCUCUCUGAACAUCCUACAUCGAAUUGUGCCUUGUUUGUAAAUAAAAUAAAUGUGCCUUAAAAUAAAGUGAAU